CAGCGUCUUGCCCUUCCACGCUUCACAACGUUGUCAUCGAUCCCUCCUAAGUGCUCUUUUCUUGGGUAGAGCGUGCACAUCCAUUCUGAGCGUUUUUUACCUGCCGUAGAUCAAUCGGACAUUGACAGCCAACAGGCGAUCUCCUAGCUCCUGCCCGAUCUGUAAGUUAAGGUUGAUCCUGUGAGCAUUGGCGCUUAGCGAAGAUUUUAAAGAGUUCUCUUUGGAUAUCGCCGACUGCACGAAGGCACAGACGGCCCAUUGCGUCUAAAGGUCUCCCACACUUCCCACGUGCUAGAAAGGAAAUCCCAGGGGAGAUUCUUGGCCUCGAUGAGCACAAAGCUGGUGGCUUGUACGUCAAUAUGCGUCCUCAUUCUCGAGCUUCUCACAGGAGCAGGCUCCCAAAGCAGCAGCAAUCCACCUGAAAUAAACAGCUCGAUCCUCUUGGUGGGCCCUGGGGACUAUGCAGUCAACGGCGGAACUUCCAGAUGCAUGCAGAUGGUUCAGAAGGCUGCUGGAAACAGGCAGUCUCGUCUCAUGUUCACGCCCACACUCUUCUGGGUCGACAAGAACUUCCAGCAGCGGAAGAGUGUCAACUCCCAGGGCAAUGUGACCUACUACUGCUACAGCAGGCAGGCAGGCAACGUGUGCCCCCAGGCCACGGCUGCCGACAUUGAGGGCUUCAAGAGCGGCAUGGCUUCCUGCUUCAAGAAGGCCAUCGACCUGGGGCUGUCCACCAUCGCUGUGGCCCCACACCUGGACGACGGACUGGGCUAUGGCGGCUGGCGCAACGGGCUGCUGUUUGACCCGGCCAAGAAGUAUGGCAAUUUCAGCUACCAGGACAUCAUGCUUAACCCCCUGGCCGAUGCCCUCGCGCAAGUGGCCACCUCCAGCACAAAAAUCUACUUUGCCAUGCAGGGCGAGAUGUCGGCAACCGUGUUCUAUUUCCCAAAGUCCUACGUGACGCUGCUGCCGGUGCUGCGGCGGCGCCUGUCGGCCGGCAGCGUGUCGUCCUCCAACAUCAAGCUGGGCGUCAGCACCAACUUUGAUAAGCUCUGCGGCUGCGUCCUGCAGGACAUGGUGGACCCCUCGCAGUACCUGCAGCAGUUCCCUGCCGCCUUUGCGCCGCUCAAGCGCAGUUUCGACCUGACGAGUCUGUCGACGCUGUACAGCUCGGUGGACUUCAUCGGCAUCUCGGCCUACCCCAGCCUUUCGCCCAACUUCACCACCAAGGACAUUGAGUCCGCCACGCAGCAGUUCGACCUGGAGGUCAAGGAGUUUGGCAUCAACCUCAAAGACCUCAUUUUCAACCAGGGCAAGGAGCUGUUCUGGAACGAGUAUGGCGUCGGCGGAGGCAGUUCCCAGGACGGCAACACGCCAGCAACGACCGCGGCACAGGCUGCAGCGACGCCUUUCUUCGGGGUGUUUGGCGCGUACACUCGCGCGCGCGACCCCUGGAAGACCACCGAAGUGCGCAACUACAACCACUACUUCUACCGCAAGACCCUCGAGUACCUCGACAGCCGCGGCUCCUGCUCCGGCUGCCAGUACCGGGUGGACGGGGUGUUCUUAUGGAACGAUGCCAGCUGGGAUGUGCAAGGCAUCUACCCGGAGAGCACCACUUCCGAGGGCACCUACCGCGACACCUAUCUAGUGAAUCUCUUCACACAGCACAAUGCGCGCGCCAUCGGCGGCUCCGGCGGCUCUGCGGUGUCCUCCGCGUCCGUCUCCGACGGCGAUGUCCCGUCCCCCGCCGCCGUCCCGGCCGACACCUCACCGCCGAUAAUGGCGGCCAGCUCAGCAACUCCCUCCAGCACACCCUCAUCAUCUCCUUCGCGCACACCCUCGUCAUCUCCCUCGCCGAGCAACUCCCCCGCGGUGCAGACGUACCAGUCCACCAGUGAUCCCUUUGUGGACAACGGUCCCUUUGGUGGCGGCGGCCCGGGCGGUGGCGGGCCCGGUGGCGGCGGUCCUUUCGGCGGCGGCGGCCCAUUCCGCUUCCCUCCCUUUGGCUAGAGCCCCUUUUGUGUGGACGAGCAGGGGACUCAUAAUUAACUGAGCUCGGUUUCGGCCCUGGUCUCUGCCUCAAAUCCAAAGGCGCCAAUCUGGCGCCCUGCAUCUCUGUAGGGUCCCUUGCAUUAGGCUAUCUGGGGUUUGGUCUACUGUACGGCACCCAACGGCGCCCAUCUAAAAUCCUGGGCCUCAGCAGCGAACAAUGAGGCAUUGCUGAAUAGUUCGGCACGGAGCAGAAUAAUUUCAUUGCCACCAAAUUAUUGGAGAGAUUAGUACUCUCGUUAUUAUUUAAUGGUAGGGUAUGUCAUUAUUUCAUUUGUCCGUUUGGUAGUUGAGGCGCUAGCAGCGCUGCAGCAAAUGAGACAUGAUUCUAGAGGAACAACGAUUAAUUCGUAUGCCUUAGCGCGGCUGGCAUCAGCCAAAUUAGACUUGCGAUAGAGCGGCAAACGCUCCAUAAAUUCUUUGAAGUAUUUCCAUUCCUAAUUUGAACAAAAUCCACAAUGAGCUGCUGCAUGUCUUCUUGAGUGAAUACAUGUGUCACAUAAUUGUUGCUCUCAUCCGAGAGGGGGGGGGAGCCCGCAAUAGAGAUACAACUCACCCGCAGAAUAAUGGUAGCUGUAUGUCUUAGGAGUAGAUUGGCCAAUUCUUUAGACUUAGGCACCAACAAUGCACCAUCGUGCAGUCCAGUCUGAGAUCCAAUGAGCUGCAGCUUCAAGUUGCUGCAUGAACAUGUGUGAUUUAUCCCAGAUGUAAGGCACUACCUCAAGU